UAAAAAAGAAGCGAUCUCCAAAAUUUCCCCCCUCUCACUCUCGAAAAAAAGACCAAGCUCAUUGGUUGCUUUCUCCCUAUCUCUAUUCAACUCUACCAGCUUCUCCCUCUUCUUCACUUCUUCACUGCACUUCUUCACUACACUCUCUUCUCUGGAGCUAUCAGUCCACCUCUCCGUUGGCGAGUCUUCGAUGCAGUCAAACCCGCAUUCCACCUCUCCGCUCAUGAGCCUUCGGUUUUGUUCGAGGGUUUUUCCAUGUCGUCACCAACGACAAACAAUUGAUUCUUUUGUUCCUUCAUUUUCAUAAUACCUAGAAAUCUUUAAAAUCGAAAAAGGGUCAAACACGCGAACCCUAAUCUGUGUUAAUUUUUUUUUAAUUGAGCCAUUUUUGGUUCGUCUAGCGUAGUUGGAUUCUGACGGGCAUCGAUAUAGGCAGCUGUGUUGCGGUUUAAGUUAGGACAAAUACAACUUGGUGUUGUGAUACUGAAGGAACGAGUAAAAGAAACGAAACCAAAAUCUUGUUGAUGGAUUGGCAAGUGUACCAAAUCGCACAAGUAAUAUAAAAUGGCUCUGAAGGCUCUGAAGGCUCUGAAGGCUAGUGAUUGGCAUAUUGAAGGAGCAUUUGAUUUCUUUUAUAGCCAACCCCAACUUAAAACAUUUAAACAUGAAUCGUGCUCCACCGAAUAGUUCAUGGAUGUACGAUAGGUGUCAUAGAGGAAGAUGUGCUUUGAAAGAGUCUUUUAUAUUGGGUGUUGAAGAGCUUAUAAGUAAAGCUUGUGAACAAGAACGUUAUCGCAGAGAUGAGGGUCUUCGAUGUCCAUGUUUAAAGUGCGAUUGUACAAAGAUUCUGCACGAAAGAGUUGUAAAGGUUCACCUCUACAGGAACGGUUUCAAGCCUAAUUAUUUCAUUUGGAAGGAUCAUGGGGAAAGAAUGCUAGAAGAUGAUGUAGAGAAUCAUGAAAGUUGGAUGGGUGUAGAGACGGAAGGUGGUCCAACUAAUCAAUUUAUGACAAUGGAAGACAUGGUGCAUGAUGCUCUUAGGCGAAAAGAGCCGUUCCAAACAUCUACUUCAGAUAACAUUGAAGAGGAUCCGAAUGAAGAAACACAAAGGUUUUAUAAUCUUUUGUUGGAUACAAACCAGCCAUUGUAUGAAGGAGCAUCAGACUCGAAAUUAUCAAUGUGUGUCAGGCUAUUAGCUUGCAAGUCGAAUUGGAAUAUUCCUAACCAAUGCAUAGAUUUUAUUGCAAAAAUGGUUAUGGAUGAAACACCCAUCAAAGUAGGUUUGCCUAAAACAUACUACAAUGCAAAAAAGUGUGUAUCAAAGUUGGGAUUACAAUCACAAAGGAUUGAUUGUUACGUGGAUGGUUGCAUGCUCUUUUAUGAUAACGAAUAUGGUAAGAAUGACGGCGCGUUGCUUGAAUGCAAAUUUUGUGGAAAGCCAAGAUAUCAACCACGUAACACGGGAGCAACUACUACAAAACAAGUUCCUGUGAAAUCAAUGUUCUAUUUGCCAUUAAUUCCUAGACUACAAAGAAUGUAUGCCUUAACACAAACUGCAUGACAAAUGACAUGGCACUAUCAGCACAGGUCGACAAAUGGUGUUUUGCAUCAUCCAUGCGAUGGGAGGCUUGGAAUAGCCUAUGUAAGGCUUUUACGGAAAAUGUGUUUUGAAGUUAUCUUUGUUUUGUUCAAAAGAACGUUUAGCAAGGUGUCUUUCAACAUAAGUUUUUUGAUAAUCUUUUAAGACUUUUAGUGUACCUUCUAAAAACAUCUUUUGACACUCUUAUUUAUCAAGACAUAUUGAGCAGUGUGUCUAUUCAUGUAUUGACGCAUAUAAUAGGGAAACCAUUUAGCAGUGUGUCUACUCA